AUGUUGACAAUACCUUUUCAAAAGGCAAAGCUCGCAGUAGUUUUGCUCGUCUUGUCAAACGUGCGUUAUUCAGCAACUAGCUAUUGCACCCAGACUGAAAGUUCCAUUAAAAGCAUGAUGCUACGUCAAUACGUUUUCAAGACGUUCCACGCACCCACCUCUUUAGGGUGUUUAGUUGCCUGUGAAGAAGAUGUCAGAUGUCAGAGCUUUAAUUACAUCAUUAACCAAGACAUCUGUGAGCUAAACAACCCUACUAAAGAGGCUCGACCGGAGCAUUUCAUCUUCGACGUAAACAGAUAUUACUACGGAAUGGUUAGGAAAAGAGGUAAAGAGUUUCUUGAUUGACUGUCUAUUAAACAUUAAGUAGACUGUUAGCAGUCCCCAUAUUUUUUGUAAGAUCGUCUGCCUUAGUGCAUGAUUUGCAACCAAGAUGGCCGCCAUAACGGUUAGGAGGUAAGCACUGACUUCGACGAUCCUACGACAAAAUAGGGGACUGCAUGUAAACAGUCUAACCAUAGAUUGCCACCAUUGACCAAUCAGAAGGGUGUGGGGGAAAAAAAUAAACUGCCCUUUUCCAAUUGCUUUAUUAACAUCAAGGCGUCUUGGAAAAAUUGUCGGGAAUUGAGCCGGGAAAGGCUAACCCAUGCAAGUCAUUGAAUAUUAUUUUUUCAACAAUAGUUCUGUGAAAAUGACUAAUUAAAAUCCCAUAAGUCGUUAUCCAAUAGUCAACAAGAUUGUAAAAGAUAAUUGUUUUUAAAGACAGAUACGAAGUGAUCUCAACAACAUCAACAAUAACAACAACAACAACAACCUUGUGCACUAAAAGUUGACUUUACUGUCUGCUAAAGUUCACCCAUGAAAAAUACGAAAUCUUUGUAGCCUUUUCAGAGAUAGUAAACCACGCAUAAGCAUUCCCUUCUCAAACUAGCGUCAACGUAAUUGAAAAUAGAAGUCGUGAAAAGUAUGAAUUGCUAGUCCACCUGAGAAGAAAUUUUAGGUUAUUAAAACACUGUCCAAAACAAGCGUACAGCUGAGCUGCCACGCCACUGUCUGCGUGACGUCAAUCCUCCAAAUUUUAAAAAUUGUUUUACGAGUGACGUCAUUCUUAAUGAAAUAAUAGCAAUUAUCUUUCACAUUUGGUCAGCGCUACCUGGUUGUAGAAAAUUAGCCAGGGUAUUACGGCCUAUCAGAAAAGGAAUACUUUUAUGCGUGAAUAAUAUUAAUAAUGAACGUAAUUUGCUUAUUUUUAGUUCCGCUUGGUUCGAUUCCUGAGUUACCUGCUCAGUCAUGUAGAGAAAUUAAGGCUAGUGAAGGAGAGCAUGCUGUCAACGGUUCGUAUUGGAUCGAACUUAUUCAUCUUGGGAAGAUUAUUUAUGCAGAAUGUGACAUGGAUGCAGAGGGUAAGUUGGCGGUAUGA